UGUUGAUGUACUCGAGCGAAUCUCUUUCCCUUGUAUAUUACUGAGAAGCUCGAAAGGAGAAAAAAGUUGAUGUGUGAAUAGGUUUCGUCAUGUGCACUUUUCUAUGUGACUCAUUGCCAUUUGCUUAUAAAUGCUUACUUGUUCUCAUGUGACUGUGUUUAGGCUAGAGGAAAACGAAAAGCUUGUGUUGACUCCAUUCGAAAAGAACCUCGACAUCUGUAGACAGCUUUGGCGAGUGCUUGAACGUAGUGACUUGAUUGUUAUGGUAGUUGAUGCUAGAGAUACACUCUUCUACCGUUGUCCUGAUCUUGAGGCAUAUGCUCGAGAGAUCGAUGAGCAUAAGAAACUCAUGCUUCUAGUUAAUUAACAAGGCGGAUCUUUUUACCUCCUUACGUCAGGUAAGCAACCCUCUUCUGAUCAAGUGGUUUGACUUCUAUAGGGACUAGGGAGAAAUGGGCAGAAUAUUUUCGCCUCAACAACAUCCUCUUCGUCUUCUGGUCAGCCAUGGCCGCUACAGCUCUCCUGGAAGGGAAAGUCUUGAAAGAGCAAUGGAGACAACCCGGUAACUUUCAAAAGACAGAAGAUCCAGAAGUUGUGAUAUGCGGCAGAGACAGAGCUCUUGGGACGGUUACAGUGUGAGGCUCAAGAGAUCGUCAGAGCAAGAAACUCUAGAGCAGUGAGUGAGAGUGCUCUUGGGUCCCUAUUUACAUAUACAAAUUUUCAAAAAAUUUGGGGCCCUGAGUCAUAUUUCAUUAGGCUUGGUCCAGGACCGGCUCUGCGCUUGGGACGAUGAGUGAGGAGAAGGUGGGAGGAUACUAGGUGCUGAGAUAGGUUCGGAUGAUGAUGAGGAGGAAAGCGAGGAGGUUCCUGGUAUUGAUGAUGUGCUGGAUGAUUUGAGCUCGUUUGAUGUGGCGAACGGGCUUGCGUCUUCUAAGAAAGUGGCGGUGAAGAAGGAGACGGCGUCGCAUAAGCAGCAUAAGAAGCCGCAGAGGAAGAAGGACAGGGACUGGAGGGUUAAGAACGCAGAGGGUGGUGAUGGGAUGCCUCUUGUUAGAGUUUUUCAGAAACCUGCUAACACAGGCCUCUCACUAUGUGGUGAAUAGUGACAAGUGACCAAAGUGUAGUCAUCGUAGCAAAGAUAUUAAGUUUAUGUGAUAGAGAUG